AAAGAAGAGGAGGGGUUCGAUAACGUACGUGAGCUCGCUCUUAGGCUUGUUGAGCAGGUCCCUAUUGAAUUGCAAGACAAGGUUAGCAAUGAGGUCCGGCAGGUUGAGGAGCGGAUUACACCAUGACAAGAGCUAAUGACUCAUCGGGAUGUAAAGGAGGGUAGGAAAAGAGGGGUAAUUACUGGAUCUUAGGAUCGGUCGACAUGGUGGGCGCGAGUAUAAAUAUGAGGUGGGAGGUGCCGGUGCAGAGGAGGACAGCAAGGACAGGCUUGAACUUGAUCGGGGACGACUUGAGAGCAUCUCAAUCCGCAGCUUCUGUUCUGGAAGCCUGGCUUGGCGCGGGUGCUGUCACGUGUCACGCGUGUUUGCCGUGUUUGAGCGGCGGGAAUAGCCGAGCGCGCGAUUGGCUGGGCGUCACGUCGCGUCCGACACGCUCGGAUGCGCUCUCGUCCAAGCUUCAUCACUUCUUCAAAUGCAAGGCGUCUGCGCAUUUUCUCUCCUUCCACCCUCACCUCUGUCCCUCCUCCUUUUUCCCUUCUCCCCCCCAACUCCUCGGCCUGCGGUUAAAGGGAGCAACCUCCAGUGCCUCACAUUGGUUUAAUCUCUCUCUCUUCCUUAUUCUCUUUUCUGAACCUCCUCCUCUCUCCCAUGCCUCAGGUUUCUCACCGCACCCUCUCCUCCUUUCGUUGCUCCGUGUCCCGCGUUGGCAUUCCACAGGCUCUUUCCCCGCGACCUCCGUUGCAUAGUACAUCCACGCCUCGGCAUUCCCCUGGCUGACACUCCCGCCAAUUGGGCCUUUCUGAGUGGUCGAUAACGCUAGACGCAUAUCCAACGAUAUUAUUACAAUCCUACCUUGCUUCGUUUUCAACGGUCGAUCUCUUGAACCCUGUUGUUCGGGUUACACCUUCGACACUCCCUUUUCGAAAUACCUUCCGAGCAACCCGGGUGCAACCCUUUUCUCUUUCUCCGGAACCUUACAGCCCUCUCACUCUACACUCCGUGAUUUUGUGGUCUAGCA